AGUGUUGCUGGGGGAUGACGUCAUGCUGGUCGUUUCCAAUGUCGGGAGCUCGCGCACUACCGUAGGAGGCCGCUCGGCGCACAACUUCUCCCGACAAAAAUUCAAACCCAAGGUCUUCGACAGCCGCCGGUACCGUGACGCCCAGGAAGAUCCAGUCCCACCCCCCCUCACCCUCUCUGUUGGAGCAUGGCUCAGGAGACCAAUCAGACCCAGGUGCCCAUGCUUUGCACGAUGGGAUGCGGUUUCUACGGUAACCCCCGCAACAACGGCAUGUGCUCGGUCUGCUACAAGGAACACCUACAGAGACAACAGGGAGGGGGGAGAUCCAGUCCUCCCGGGGAGAAAGCUGCGACGUCGCCGUCGGGGAUGCCGGGGCCCGGUGAUGUCGUUCCAGAGAGCACGGUCCCUGGCGCCGAGGCGCCGACGCGGACGUCACCUGACGAACCAACAUCCAGCGUCAGUCCUGGCUCAGCCAGUCCAGUAACUCAACAGAUGACGGCCAUGAGCAUCUCCCAGGACUCGGGAGCCGUCGACUCGGAUCGAGUGGAGGCCGAGGACGCUGAAGAGGAGGAAUCGUCCGGCACCUCAGAGCUAGCAGGAGAAGCUGCACAGACCUCCGACGGCGAGCAAACUCCUGAUAAAAACAAGAAAAAGAACCGCUGCUUUUCUUGCCGGAAGAAAGUUGGCCUCACCGGUUUCGACUGCCGCUGCGGCAACCUGUUCUGUGCCAUCCACCGUUACUCCGACAAGCAUGACUGUCCCUACGAUUACCGGAGCGCCGCCGCUGCCCGCAUACGCAAGGAGAACCCCAUCGUGGUGGCGGAGAAAAUCCAAAAGUUAUGAAGACUCGAGGACGACGAUGGCGCGCACGCCUCUCUUGACAAUUGGCAACAACGGUGACAUCACGGCUUCAUUCGUUCAUGGUGAUCUUAAGCCAGGGGAGGGGCGGGGCGGGGCGAUGCGCUCGCAUCCGCUGUCCAGACACUUUUCCUCCCUUACUAGCAUCUCCACUAGCGACUGAGUGUUUUCUGUACGAUUGUGUUUGUAUGCGAGGAUGCGUGCGGGAGAAGAGCAGCGGGGGCCGGGACACGCUGCGGUGGGGUGGGAGGGGGGUUGGGGGGUCGUGCGAGAUUUUUCUUUUUAUUUCUCAUGCCAACCUGGUGAAGAACAAAGAUGGAUCAUGAGGUGGAAUCCCCACUGACUUGGAGAUGGGCGAAAGGGCUUCAGAGUCGCAGCUCCGCUCUUAGAUACGAUGUCAACUUCUCCGUCAUCCCCCUUUCCCCUUCCCGACUUUCUCCAUCACCACAUUUUGGACUUUUGUCAGCAAUUUCCAGCAGCGUCUCUCUCUUUGAUAUAUUGACUUCUAUCGGGUGCAUGAGGGGUAACUUGACUUAACCGAGUGAUUGGAUAUGUUUUUUUUUUUCCCCUUCCUGUUUUAAUGAGCGUGUGACUUCAGAAGAUCUAUAUUAAUAUAUUGUAGUUAGCUUGUGUGAUUGCAUUCUAUUUAUUUUUUAUCAUUUUGGUGGGUCGGCUGGAGGAUUGGGAGCAGGUGUGGGCAAAUCGCAAAAGUUUUGAAUUCAGAAUUCUAUCUCGAUUUGACGGUAUUGCAGGGGGCGGGGGGCAUAUAUCCAUUUGUAUUGCGCAAAAAAAAAAAAGGUAAUUGCGGCUGAAUUUGGAAAUGGAAGUGACUUUUGGCCUCUUUCACACUUCUGCAACUUUAUUUUUGUACAACGGGCUGUUCUUUCAAAUUCACAACAGAUGACGCAUCAACAUUUACGGAAUUGUUUGGAAUUUCAGCUUGUCAACAGCAAAUAUUUUCCCAUCUCUGUCAAUCAAAAUAAAACAUUUGUUUUUACUCGGGCAAAAAACAUUAACUGAAUUUUUAUUUGUUUUCUGCACUAUCAAUUUAAAAUCUAUUUUUGAAGAGAGAUGGAAAAGCAUUUUUUUUUUUAAUCAGAUUCAUUAACUUGACAAAAUAUCAACUGAUUAAAAGAAAAAUUGUCACAAAUGAAAAAGAAACUCAAUGCAGUGCGUGUGAAAGAGGCAUGUGGCGCACCUGCUCAGUUUUGUUCUGUGUCCGGGGUCGAUUUGAUUCUAUUAUUAGUUUUUUUUUUUUUUGGGUGAGCACUGUGUGAAGCUCCCUGUCGCUCCAAGCACCAGCAGACCACUGACACGUGCUGAAUGAAAACUGACCCGGCUUGCAAAAACAGAAAAAUCUUUAAAGUGGAAUUUCAAACAAAUCUAAAAUGCACUCUGACCUUUAUGGCAUUGAGAAGCCUAAAAAUAUCAAUUUUAAGAUCCGCUCUAAAGGUCAUGGUGCAUUUUUUUGGGUUUCUUGUGGCGAUUUCACCCGAAGGCCUCAUGCCAUAGUUUUUGUGAAUAGUCUCCGUGUGUGCUUGUCCAACCAAGUAGCCCCUCCCCCAAGCUGCUUCUUGAAAGAUAGAAAUAAUAAUCAUGAUAAUAUGCAUGUGUGCUGCCUAACAUACAUGUUAAGAGUUUUGUAGCCGCACAGCAGUAGCACAAUGCAUGGCUGCAAACUGGAGGUACCAUUAACAACUGCCCGAAAGAAAAUUGUAAAUCCCGCUCAUGUAAUUCACGGACAUUAUCUCUCUUCUACAAAACAAAAAAACAUUUCCUACAAGCCACGUGAUCCUUCAUCCAUGCUUUUAUUCCAUUUGUAGCUGAGGGAUGGGGAAAAGGCGGAAUUGAUUGAGGGGACGGGGGGGCAGUUUUUCUAGACGAAAUAACAUUUGAGGGACCAGCCCAAUCUGCUGUUGUUGGAGACAGGCUUUUUAAUCAAUAUUCCUAGCAAAAGCGUCACAUUUGGCUUCCUUUUGGGGCCCCUUCCAAGUUAAGCUAUAGGAAACGCUUUCAAGUGCGGUGGAUGUUUUCUCCUUUUUUUUUUUCCGCCCAAAUAAAGAGUUGAUUGAAUGUAAACCAA